AUGGCAGAGGCUAUAAACAAUGGCGAAUCAUCAUUCUCGAAAACGAAAAACAAAGGCAAAGCCAAACAAAUUGAAGACAAUGAGAUUGAUGAUAUAAACCAAUCAGACGAAAACCUGAGUGCAAUCCAGUUGAGGGAGCAG